AGAUAUAUUUUUGCUAUGUUGGGCGAAAUGGGGAUCCAGAGGUAAUCUACGCUAAUAAAUUAUAAGAUAUUUGUAUGUUAAAUGUGGUAUUAUAACUACUUAGUUCUAUCAAAAUUAUGUGGUAUAAGCAAGACUUAUAGACGGAUGCAGUCGGUUGCAGUUAAUAGUAAAAGUAAGUAAAAAUGUAUGUAUAGUAUUUCUUAAAUCAUACAUGAUACUUAGUGUAACUCUUCAUGCAAGUGAAUUAAUGUAACGUCGAUAAUGUAAGCUAAUAUACCCAUCUGAUUUGUAACAUUAUUGCUAAUAUUGUAAAUCGUAUUCUAGGUAGAUACUUGUUGCUAUAGUAAUAUCGAUCUGUGUAUUAACUUCGUUUACUCCAAGUACCAGUACACGGUUUAAAGUGUUUUGUGCGUACCUAUUGGUAAUAUGAAUAAAGUUAAAGAAAAUAAAAAGAAGAGUCGAAGACAAAUAAGGAAGACUGUCGCUGGGAUAAAGCUUCCUCCAAUAGAAGCAAUACAAGACAGUAAAUUGAAAACUAUUAAGGACAUUGACCCUGCAUACUACUCUUUAGUUGAGGGGAGACCAAUCAGGCCCAAUAAGUCUCUCCACGCUUAUAAACAUAAUAUUAAAAAUAUUGCCCUGAAUAGAACUUUACAUGGCUUUCUUGUGGAUGAAAUCUUAAGGAUCAAUAGGGAAAUAGAAACAGAAAGAAAUAUUUACAAAACAGCUUCGAAACACUUUGAAGAAUAUCAGAAUAGUUUUGAUAAAUUUCUUGCCGACAACAAUAAUAAAACAAUUGCAGUGAUGAGGAAGUCUGAUACUUUGGCGAGGGAGUUAACGAACCAAACAGAAGAACACAAGCAAGCUAAUUAUGAGAUGGCAUCUUUGAAGUCUAAACUGCAGUACAUCGAUGAAACACUGACAAUCUUGUUGUCAUUUCAAGAUUUUCUGAAUAAAGCAUCUCCAAUAUUGUGGCAAGAAAAAAAGAAUAUUAAGGUGGACGUUAAAUAUUCGGAAAUUUUCUUUAUGGAUACGAAUAUCUUUCAGAAAGUUGAUAUUGAUACUAUAACAAAACGACUCAAGGAUCUUCCUUCCCCGAAACUUUAUUUUCAGACCCCAGAACAGUUAGUUGUUGUAUUCCACACACUGGAGAAACAAAAUUUGAAUUAUUUGCUCGUAACAGAGGAACUUAACUCAGAAAAAAAUAAGUUUUUGAAAGCUCUAGAUAUUCUUAAAGAAAUGUUACGCGAAGAAUUAGACAACAUAAAACAGAAGGUGAGUAACAACAUAAUAUUAACAAAGUAGGUAACUGGAUAUGUAUUUCGGGUACGUAACUUUACUAGUUAAGUAUAUAAAAGCGUUUUUGAAAAUAUCUUGAUCAAAACUCCUUUUGAACCCAGUUAAAACUUGAAAGCAGAACUGCAUCAUUAAGGAAACGUACUUAAAGUUAUAGUUACUUACAUUUUUGACCACUAUUCAAUAAAUUUAUACCUUUAUAGGUAGCAAAAAUGGUGGGCAUAUCCCUAACAAAAAUAAUUUCCCAGAAGAGAAAAAAAAAUCAUACUUGCAUAAAUGUACUACAUAAAAAACAAAAUACAUGUUUAUAAUGUAGUAGGAACUAGGAAGGUUAUUAUAUAUAUUUUGUUAUCUUUGCAGAUAGAAGCUACGGAGGAUCUGAUAAAACAAAAUGAAAUUAGAGAAAUCGAAGCUAAAAAUAUUUUUUACAAAAUUUUAGAGCAUAAAAUUAAAUAUUUGGUGUCAUCGGAGAUGGCUUUGCAGAUUUUUAACUACAUUGAAUUUACAUAUGAAUACCUAAUUGCUCCAAACGAUGCCAAUCUAAGUUCUUUAGACAUGGCACUGGCGCUGGAAACGGAGUAUGAUAAUUUGAUGUUAGAUAUUUCCAGAUUUAAUUUAGACGAUAUAAAAGAAAUUGAGACCGAAACAUAUGAGUUCGGAAUAAAGGAAAUUAAGCGAGCUAAAGAAGCUUCUAAACUUCUUAAGGAUGUUGAUAAAUUAAAUAGACGACUUCAGUCUUGUUAUGAACCAUCAAGGAAGAAAAAAACUGAAUAGAUUUAUUUAACCCAGUAAUUUUUAUAAUAAAUUGGUUAUUUUCAUUAGGUAUCCAUAAAUAAUAUUUUUCCGCAGAAGUUGUAAAACUACCAAGCAUAAUAAGUAGGAAGGAAUAUAGGAUAUAGGUCCUCCCAAGUAUGAACGCAUGUGAGGAUAAGCUUUAUCAUUUAUCUAUGAAUAACAUUAUUGGGCAUAUUACUAAAUCAAUCCCACCUUUGAGUACGAUUUUGAGUAGAUAUAUAAUGCAUUGAACCAAUAAACGAAGUUUAUCAUUUCAGAACUCGUUCUCAGCUGAAUCGGUGUUGUUUAAUAAAUAAAAAUCAAUUAUCAAAAUCCAUCAUAUGCUUUGAUUUGAGAAAUAAUUUCAGAUUUGGUUGUUAUCCGUUUAUUAAAUAGCGAUAAUCUUAAGCAUUUGUUAAUACGGCCUUAUGAUUGGACGGUUGUUGACUUGAGACUGAACCACCUCUACUUUGUUUACUGAGGGACACUAAAUAAUGGCCAAUUACAAUGGAAUAGGUACCUGACAUGGUCGCUUUUAACAUUUGACUAUUUUUUUCCACACGGCAACUUAUUUUCAUAUAAACUACA